UUGUCUCCUUUUUAUAUUAUUGUCAUAAUUUGGUUAAAUGUCAAAAAAGCACAGAAAAUGUCAAAAUAGAUGUCUAUUAUGAGACCCUAUGCCCGGACUCUAUUCAAUUCAUUCGUCAAAAGCUAUUCCCCGUGUUUGGUAAGAUCGGCGAAAUAAUGGACAUUAAUCUCAUCCCAUAUGGAAAGGCAGAGCACACACAAUACAGAGAAGACGUGGAGAUCUACUGUCAUCACGGGUCCAAAGAGUGU